AUGCCGCCCCCAAAAAACGAGGGAGCAUGUGUGUGUCUUGGAAACUUUUCCUAUAUAAAUUACCAGCUUGGGGCGCAUCGCAGGCGAUGAGAACGACAUUUUUAGCACGAUGCAUGAGCGAAGGGCUGCUUUUUGUUGCCUCGUUUGCUUACUAAUAAUGUCGCCAGCAGAAGCGCAAAAAAGGGGGAUUCACCAGCGAAGGAUAUUCAGUGACAGAAGCUGCUAGCAGGGAGCUGGAAUCCAGUUGGCGGGAGAGCUCAUACGCAACGUAUGCCGCCACGUGGCGGAUGCCUUUUGUCUGAAAGACCCGUCCAAAGAAAUUGAAUUUGGCCACGAUGUAACUCAAUUCACACGCCACACUGCAAGCGUUCCAACUUCACAGCUUCCCGGACAGAUAGGAGACGAAUCAAUUGAAUUGGAGACGUCAGCGACUUUAGAUUUCUGGCAGGUGGUGGUGGAGAUUGAAAAUAAAUGUGUAAAAAAUAUGCCAUAUAUUUCUAUCCAGCAGAUACUGUGGUCUUUGGUAUUUAAGAGUGAGCUUUCUGAAAGAAGCAAUCCAAGUCAGCCCCUUAUAGAACUUCAUUCAGUAGUAGUUAUUCUGGUUUUUCACUGACUAUUCGAGGCAAUACACCGAAGAAACAAUAACAAAUAACAAAAAUGUCUUUGCGCUAUCGCCUGUCCCAAAUGUUAGCCAGCUCGUGUAUAUCGCGAUCCACUGUGACCGAGAGCAUGGCCAAGUUAGCGAUCAUCAAUUUGGACGAUUUCGAUAGAACAGAACGACCGGCGAUUAAGGCUCUGCUGGCGGUCGAGGAGCAGUUCCGCAUUUACUUCCACUCAAAUCGGAAGGAGCUGGAACUGCAGAGGAUUGCAGCAGAUACCUUAAACAAGAUAAUCCAGCGUUACAAGAUUGUCACGCAGAUGGAGAUCCAAAGCUUUAGUCCGCAAACCUACGAGUUCGAGUCGGAGGAGGUGAUCAUCAAUAAGUAUUACAUGCACUACCAGGUGAUCAGCUGUUCUAACAAGAGCCAGCGUAGGGACAUCGACCGCAUGCGUUCAUUUGUCCUUAACUUCCGGCGCGCAUCCGGUCGGUUGAAUAUGGAUUCGGAGAGUCUUCUUAUCUUGGGCGACGCCUUUCACAAGCCGUUCAAGUUCUUCAUGGACUUGGUGGAAGUGCUCUUCGCAUACUUUUAUAGCAGUCACCUCCAGCUGGACUGUGCUGCCCGCCUAUUGGAUCCUUUAGACUUGGAAAGCCUAAAGCACUAUCAAAAACUGGUGGCCCCCAACGAAGACUUCGAUGAUUACUUUUUGUACAACAUAAGCUUCUGUAAAUGCCUUCGGACUCCGCCGAAGUGCCCUUCGUUUGAAGAGCCAGAGGAGAUGGCAGACAAAAGCGCCACUUUCAUUGUCCAGGCCAGGAAGAAGCGGUGUGCAAGGCGUCGCGACAAGAUGGCCACGCCAAAUUGGGAAAGCCAUAAAGUGGAUCCUCCGUCGAUUAGUAGUGGCCGUAAUCCAAGCGAUUUGGAUACAAUAAAUGUGAUUCAACAAUCGAACUUGGAAUCAUACUCGGGUCAACUGACCUUCAUUACCCUCGGCAAUGAAAUGGCUCGUAAGAAUCCACUUUUCCGGAGCCUAGAGUAAUUGAUUUCUGCGGAGCAAUGUGCACCAACUUCUAACGGAGUCUGGCUCGAAAAAUCAAAGCCAAUGGUUAAAAUUUAUUUAAAAAUUUUUCAUGAAUUUUUAUCUUUACAUUUUACGAGAGCUAACUCUUUGUAAGAGAAAUAAACAGAUCCAAAUUGAAUUAUCUACCCAGAAUUCAUCUCCCUUUCUUUCACUACUUUCUAGGGGAUUUCAAACUUACAACUUGUUAACUAGAUGGCUGACUUAUUCCGAAAAUCAAUUAACAUAUAAGCUAGUUUUCGAUUCAGAUUGUUAAGAAACGUGAUUGAAGAAUUCAAAAUUCAAAACUGUGGUGGCUCAUCUG